ACCCUAGGGCGGGCCGUUCCCUCGCAGUCCUAGGAAAAGAAAAUUGGCUGCCGGGGCGGGAGCGUCAUAACAGAAAUGUCAUGAGUAAUAGUACCUCGGUUUUGUUUAGUGAAAUUGAUUUAACUUCUUUAACAUUAUUUUAGUAGGGACAAACUCGGUGUUGCGGCUGUAACUUUAAUAAAUACUGUUGUUUUUCAAAGCUAAUUUUUAUCCAUAACGUUACUUUUUAACGUGCAAAUGCUAAUAUUAGCUAGCUAACUGGCCCAUAACCUGCAACAAAGACGCUGUUUGUGGAUGAAAGUGUUGCAGAAUGGCCUUAUCAGAGACUGAAAAUGGCUGUUUCGGUGGCGAGAGAGAAAAGUCGGACGAUAUUGAACAGGCUUGUGUUUUGGGGGGCUUCUUUGAGGCCGAUGAGACGAGAGCGCUCAUCUCCAGCCUGCCAGAGGUCCAUGGAGUCCCGAAGAGCGCAGAGUCCAGCAAAGAAAGGUUCUUGGUGGUAAUGAACAGAUAUCAAGAGCAGCCUCAUCUACUGGACCCACACUUAGAAUGGAUGCUGAACAUGAUACUGGAGUUUGUAAGGAGUGACACGUCUCCCCCUUCACUGGUUCAUUUGGGCUUCAAGUUUCUCUACAUCAUCUGUAAGGUCAGAGGAUAUAAAAUCUUCAUGCAGCUUUUGCCCCAUGAGGUCGCAGAUGUUCAACCCGUUCUUGACCUGCUUUCCAGGCAGGAUCCCAAGGACUGUGAGACUUGGGAAACUCGUUACGUGCUGUUGUUGUGGUUGUCCAUGACUUGCCUGAUACCCUUUGACUUUUAUCGUCUGGAUGGCCAUCUGGAUUCAGACGGCGACAAAGUCAGGGAGUCCACCAUGAACCGCAUUCUAGCUAUUGCAAAGUGUUACCUGGAAGCCAAUGAUAGUUCCAGGAAUGCUGCAUCUGUUCUAGUGUCUAAGUUCAUGACACGCCCUGAUGUGAAAAAGAAUUGCCUCGGAGACUUUUUGGACUGGAGCCUCGCUACUAUAUCUCAGACCAGUGACCAGUCAUUUAUAGGCAUUAAGAUGCUGGAUAGUGCUCUGCAGGCUCUGGCGAAGCUUUUCAAGCAUGGAAAACGAGAUGACCUCCUUCAGUAUGCUCCUACAAUUCUGCAUUGUCUGGAGCAGAGACAUCUUUCAGACGGCAAAGAGGCCAUGCUGAGGAAGCUUGGUGUCAAACUAAUCCAGAGGCUUGGCCUCACCUUCCUGAAGCCACGUUUGGCUGCUUGGAGGUACCAGAGAGGCAGCCGUUCCCUUGCAGCAAACCUCUCCAUGUCUCAGUCUACUACAGUCACUGCCGCUGUGACCCCUGCAGUCGAGGCACAAGAACAGGAGGACUAUGACAUUCCUGAGGAGGUGGAGACUGUUAUUGAGCAUCUGCUGGUUGGACUGAAAGAUAAAGAAACAGUUGUCCGCUGGUCUGCAGCAAAGGGCAUUGGAAGGGUGACUGGGAGGCUUCCCAAGGAGCUGGCAGAUGAGGUGGUUGGAUCAGUGCUGGAUUGCUUCAGCUUCCAAGAAACAGACAAUACUUGGCAUGGAGGCUGCCUGGCACUGGCAGAACUGGGUAGAAGAGGCCUGCUGCUGCCUUCCAGACUGACAGAUGUUGUGCCGCUCAUUAUCAAAUCCCUGACCUACGAGGAGAAGAGGGGAGCAUGCAGCUUUGGUUCCAAUGUGCGCGAUGCUGCCUGCUAUGUGUGCUGGUCUUUCGCCAGGGCUUAUGAACCCAAAGAGCUUAAGCCUUUUGUCACUCAGAUCGCCAGUGCUCUGCUGAUCACAACUGUGUUUGACAAAAACAUCAACUGCCGCAGAGCUGCCUCUGCUGCCUUUCAGGAGAAUGUCGGCAGACAGGGGACAUUUCCUCAUGGUAUUGACAUCUUAACCACUGCAGACUACUAUGCUGUUGGGAAUCUCAGCAACUGCUAUCUCAAUAUUAGUGUCUAUAUAGCUAGUUUCCCAGAGUACACCAAGGCCCUGAUAGAUCAUUUGGUAACCAUGAAGAUCAACCACGGGGAUGGCAUGAUCAGAGAGCUCUCGACUAAAGCGCUCCACAACCUGACGCCUCAAGCACCUGAUUAUAUGGCAGCAACAGUUCUGCCGCAGCUGUUGCCCAUGACGGUGGGCUUUGACCUCCACAGUCGCCAUGGGGCUAUUCUGGCAUGUGCGGAGAUCACACAUGCUCUGUAUAAACUGUGCCUUCAGACAAACAGGACUGUGUUGGACAUCAUUUCUUCAGAGUGCGUGGAUGCAUUAAAAAACAUUCACCAGACGCUACAUGACAGGAAACAGUACAGGGGUUUUGGUGGAGAGCUAAUGAGGCCAGCAAUGAGCUGCCUUAUAGAAAAGCUGUUGUUGUCCAAAAUGCCGUUCAAGAAUGACCCUGUAAUCAUUGGCUGGCAGUGGCUUAUUGAUGACACCAUUAGAAGUCUUCAUCUCAUUUCUAGCAGUAUGAGGGACAGCACUAUGGCUGCAGCGAUUUCGGCCUUGUCGGUCUUGUGUGAGGAGUGCUAUCAGACUGAGACAGGCCAGGCUGACUCACAAAUGCAGGAUGUCCUGGUAUCGCAGUACACCGACUGGCUGAAGAGUCCACAGAUGCUCGCUCCUUGUGGAUCUGCCCUCGCCCUCGGCUGUCUGCCCAGAUUUAUGAUUCAUGGCAAACUGAAGCAGAUCCUAGAUGGCCUACAGAUGUGCACUGUCACCCAGAAGGAGGGCAGUUUUACAGAGGCUAGGAGAGAUGCCAUCAGAGCAAUUGCUCAAGUGUGCAUAAAAGUAGGUGUUUGUGCCCACGGUUCGCCAGACUCUGCUCUGUGUUUGGAGAAUGUAGCAGACGUGUAUGGCGUUCUGCUGGACAAUAUGAAUGACUACACGACCGACAGCAGAGGGGACGUGGGGUCCUGGGUGAGACAGGCGGCAAUGACAGGUCUGAUGGAGGUGACUAUGCUGGUGGCCAGCAGUGCUCCAGAGAUCCUUUCGCCAGAGCUGGUGAAGUGUAUGAUGUGCUGCCUGGCCCACCAGGCAGCAGAGAAGAUUGACCGCUGCAGAGCCCAUGCUGGUAACAUCUUUCUGCGCCUCCUCCACAGCACAGAGCCUGUAGUACCUCACAUCCCCCACAGAGAGGAGCUGUUGAACAUUUUUCCUUUUGAGACCACAACCAGUCUGAACUGGAAUGCCCCGUCCCAAGCUUUCAAGUAUAUCACCCAGCUGCUGGGAUUGCCUCAGUAUCAGUACCACACCCUGCUGGGCCUCACUGUGUGUGUGGGAGGGAUCACAGAGUCCACAGUGCAUUUUUCUUCCCAGUCGUUGUUUCACUAUCUGAGAGGGAUCCAGGACAACAGUGCUGAGCUGACACAGUUUGCAGAUACAUUGCUGACCAUUUUCAGAGACAAUCUCCACAAUAGCAGGGUUUCUGUUCCUUUGCUGAAGAUGCUCAGUCAGAUGCUUUUGAACAGCUCUUUUGAAAUCUUCACCACACAAGAAAAUCAUCAGUUCUGUGUGGACAUUUUGAAUCUUUGCAAAGAGUUCAGGAAGACCAAAGAUGUUGCCAAGCUGUGCAACUGUGUAUCUGUCUUCUGUGGACUGAUCCAGUUCCAGGGUGAAGUGAGGAAGAAAAUUUUGUCACAGCUGCUGAUGCUACUCUGCCAUUCCUUCCCUGUGAUCAGGAAGAUCACUGCGAGCCAGAUGUAUGAGAUGCUGGUGACCUACGAUGAUGUCGUAGAUCCAGACGUGCUGGAUGAUGUCAUGACCCUGCUCAGUGACACUAACUGGGAGAGUGACCUUGCCACUGUGCGGACCCACAGGAAUCAGAUUUGUGACUGGUUGGAAAUUGCCAGCCCACGAGUGGUUGUCAAGAGUCCUGUCCAGGUACCCUGAUCACCUGUGACUGCAAAAAUCAGCUGCACCUAAUGUGUGUGCACAUCGUGCCGUAAGAAUUAAAAGCAGUCCGCAAGAAUGAAGUGUUGCUCUUCUCAGUCUGCCCUGUGUGUUUGUCUGUUCACUUUCCAAAAACAAAAAAAAAAAACAAGCACGAAAUGAAUCAAAAUCUGUCAUUUCUACAUGACAAUAAAUAGAGCAAAACACAGUGCAGUUUUUGUUAUUGCUGCUUUAAAGUUCAACCCAGUUCAAAGUUCAGUUUAAAUUUCAACCCAAACUGCAUCUGUGUAAAGCUUCAUUGUAGUUUUCUGUGCGUAACACGUAUUUUUAUUUGUCUCCUGUUCAGUCUAGAGAGGCUUUGGAAAAGUUCUUAGUUGAGUUCUGUACUUGUAAUCUGUACCUGAAACAAUAAAAGACAGAUGAAAC